ACUUAAGCGUUGAGCAAAGAGAAAGCCAGGUUCAUUUUAAAAGUAUUCUUGUAUUGGUGUGUGUAUGAUCAUUAAUACUCGUCAUGAACUUUCUGUGUGUUAUCAUCAUCGUUUUACUGGUGAUUUUGAACUAUUCAUGUGCAGUCGUGUAUAGCGACGCGCAAGAAGCAAAAUCGAUACUGCUGUCAGUGCUAGGAUCACUUAAAGACACCCGAAAUAAUGACGGUCGCUAUGGCAGUAAAACAGGGUGGGACAAGUAUCGCGUGGAUCAAACCGGACGUAGAGGCGUGGGAGGCGGUGUCGACGAUGAUGGCGAUGACGCGGAUCUCGACAAUGCGAUAAGCGUCCUUACAAAGGCUGUCGGUGACACUGACCGUGGGAAGGCGUCAGUGCGUCUGAAUAACAAACCGGAAGUCACAAGCAGCUUGACGCAAUUCACGAACAACCAAGAGAUACCCGCGAACGUUGCUGCUAUCAUAGACUCGGCUUUGAGCAACUCGAAGGUUAAAUUUUCCGACAGCGUUGCAGACCGUAUCAAGUCGGCAUCCAGUACGACUGCUUCGUACACCAACCAAGACGACCGGAGCAAUGUUGCGCGCGCCUACAAUUCAGCGACCGGCAAAACGAGCCAAGAGUUUCCGGCAAAUUUCGCAGACUUCUUUCAGUCUUUCCCGAGCACUAACGUCAAGUCCUACAAUGACGUCAACUCAUACACAGACGUCAAAGCCACGUUCAAUACUGACGACGGGUCGAACGUUGACGUCGCAAAAAUAAUGCAAGACGAAUUCGCUGUAAAUAACAAACAGGGUGAAUGGCAACAGUUGUCGAACGGAAACUACUUCAAAGCAGAUACUCCGACGGUUCAAAACUAUCAUGCUGUUAAAGUUUUUUCCAGCAGUUCAAGCCCCGACGGAUCCAAUAUUGACGUCAAUAACAUCCUUAAAAACGCGUAAGGAAACACCGGAAACACAGUAAAUGCACACAACUGGCAAAUGUCGUUCAAGGCAGAUACGUCAUCGGUUAAAAAUUAUCACGACGUCAUAGUUUCCAACAGCAAUGUAAACUUUGGCUCUGGCGGAUCUUCCUAUUAUAUUUAAAUUGUUUUGUAUUUUAUUUGGAUCCCAUUGAUUAUUUAUUGCUAAUAAAGGUCAACUAAACUUGAGCAUUACAUAUAACAUUUCGAAUUGCCAAUAACUCCUAUUUACAGACGAAAACAAACACAAAUUACAUCCGGUCGUCAAAAAAAAUCGUUAUUAUAACAUGACGCAAUAUUUGAUAUUGUAUAUUUUAUUGAAAAUAUAACACUCGAAGACAACUACGCGAUAACAAAGAUGUAAACCAAAUGAGUAGCAACCUAUUAACGUGAUACAUUAUAUACGAAAACCAAGUAAUAUCAGUAUGCAUUAUAGAUUUCGGUAUAAAUAUUGGUUCACUUUCACGUAAAGAUUUCAGGAAUCUGGUAACUAAAGGUUCAAUAGAAAGGUAAAUAACCGGUCCAAUAUUGAGGUAAAUAUUAGGGAAACUGGAAAUAACCGGUCCAAUAGUAAGGAAAAUAUUUCGGAAACUGGGAAUAACCGGUCCAAUAUGAAGGCUAAAAGGUUAACCGGUUAAAGACGCUCUUGCAAGCACAGGCGGCCUGCAAAAGAACACGUUG